UUUGCAUUUGCCAGCUGCACCACGGUCGGUCACGGACGAUCACGCACAACAACUUGCAACAAUGGACGACAGUUUACACUUCAGCGAAAAUGAUGUUCGUCAGCAACUGGAUGCCCUUGGUUACCACAACGUUCCAUCGGCACAGCUAAGGCAAUUUGCUAGAGAUUUGGAAGGAUUGAUCCAAAGAGACACAGAGGGGAGAAGUAAAUCAGAUGAGGCAUCAACACUUGCAUCAGAGAUUGAUUACAGUUCAGAUGAUGUGAGUGUACCAGUUAGACAUCCUCAAGGAGGCAGUAGAAGACCCACCUCAGCUCCCACUGCACCAAGAGCAAGGUACGUCCCGAGUACAAAAGUUCAACCUAAUCAUCCAGGAUCUAGCAGGCAGCCAAGCUACCCGGCUAAGCAUCCCCAGCCGUUCAGCUAUAAAUACGGUGAUACGUCCAUCGCUAAUCUAGAUACUACGGAUGAAAGCGUCUCAGCCUCAGGGAGACAAGAGAGAAGAAGAUCCACAGGAGAGAGAAAGAAACCUGUGAAGACUGCCAUGAAGAGAAAAGUAGUCAGGAAGCUGAAUGGUCAAGUGCAAGUGUUUGAUGAAUCCAUAACCGAGAGUGAAUCAGGUAACUACUUCCUUGGAUUAAAGACAGUGGACACUAUAGGAGAGGGACAAGAUGUAAGUGAUCGUUUAUCUCGCUUGGCCUUGAGACAAGAGGAGGUGUAUCCUGAAGAUGUUGAUGAAGAAACGACCCUGACUGAAUCAGACGAUGCAUCGAGCCUUAUGGGUCUCGUCUACAGCCAUAGACGCCCACAACUAUCCAGAGAUCUGUAUUCGCACCGGCCAGCUGGGGAUGAAGACACAGUGUUUAAACCACAUCUCCCAAGAUCAUUUAUCCGACCAGAUUCUGCACAGCCAAGAACUAAACAUGAUAAGAAAACUGAUCCAGUCUCAAGGCAUCAGAUGUACAGAGCAGAAUGGAACAGUCAUCGAGCACCGGGAGAGAAGAACAGAAAUGAUCUGAGAUGGAAUAUCCGGGAGCAAAUGAUGUACAAGGACACAGUCACAUACCCAAGACGCACUCCAAAGGUUUUCUCUGCUAAUAAUUACGUCGUCCCAACUGACAAGAAAAGACAGGCACUAAGAUGGGCUGUCAGGACGAGUCUUGCCCACAAACAGAUGCCAUUGUCAAACUUUGAAUAACAGAUGAGUUUUAUGAUUUUUGUAUAUAUAUUUAUUUGUAAUCUGCUAUUAAUUGGUGCCAGUCAGAAGUAACUUGUAACUGCCACACAUGUAGACAGGGAUCAAACCCAAGUUUAUGGUACCGGCAGCAGAGGGAGCCGGCAUGUUAAAGACACUGGACACUAUUGGUAAUGGUAAAAGCUAGUCUACACAGUUGGUGU